AUGUCAGAGCCGAUUACCGUCCGCAAUCUCACUGCCCAGCCGCUCACGAUCAAGCUGGUCGAGCGAUAUGAAGCUCCCAAACCCCAGCAACUCCCCCCCGCCGAUGGGGAGCGCAAGUCCCGCUUCAAUGUCUCCGGCUUGACCAAGAACUUCUCGAAUUUGACUACCAAUUUCGUCAGCAAUGUCACCGGCAAUGGCGCACCGAACGAUUCCCAACUGGGCGAGAAGGCAGAGAGUUGGGUCCAGCAAGAGGUAGACGUGCGCAUGGAGCCGUUCACAACCCACAAGACGGACAUCAAGACGACAGAGCGAGGACCUGGAGAUAUACUGCGGUUGACACUUCAAGGAGACGGUCCUGGCAAAUGGAGAAUUAACUCGCCUACUACAUCGCUUACUUCUCAGAAGCUCACGCCAUUGGUGGAUGACCCGGCACAGGAAUACACUGCCAUCUACAAUCCCCAGACACACGUUCUCGCGGUCGUGGAAAGUACAGAUCAGCACAAUUGGAUGAAGGAGUUCCAGGACGACACUCCACUCUCAGCACUCAGUAUUCCUGGCACACAUAACUCGCCCACUUGUCACACGGCAUUGCCUUCGGUACGCUGUCAGGCUGUACCUCUAAUCGACCAGUUGAGAAAUGGUGUGCGGUUCUUCGAUAUUCGUGUGCAGCCAGUUGCACCAGAGGACGCGAAGAACGACGAUCUCAAUCUCGUCCACGGCGCUUUCCCGAUAUCCCUUACCGGCCCCAAGAAAUUCCGUGGCCUGCUUGACCACGUUCAGGGCUUCUUACGCGAGAAUCCAUCCGAAAGUGUCAUCAUCUCUCUCAAACGCGAAGGCACUGGCAAUGCUACGGAUCAACAACUCUCCUGUAUCCUUCGGGACCACUACGCGGGUGAUCUGAACCAAUGGUACACCGAACCACGCGUCCCUCAUCUAGGCGAAGUCCGCGGCAAGAUAGUCCUGAUGCGUCGCUUCGCACUCGACGACCGGAUCAAAGGCGAAUGGGACGGUCGAGGCUGGUGUCUCGAUGCCGAGAACUGGGCUUACAACACUCCCGACUGCACAUACGGAGAUGUGCGUGUGCAAGAUUUUUGCGAGGUGCUCGAGACCGAAAACAUCGAAAAGAAAAUCACAUUCUGCUGCGAUCACUUCGAACGAGCUGGGCAGGUGAUCUGCCCUGUUCCGGGCGUUACUACCGACAGUACGAAUCCCGUGCCUGCAGGACCACUUUACAUGAAUUUCUUGUCGGCUUCGAAUUUCUGGAAGAUGGGAUGUUGGCCAGAUCGAAUCGCUGCGAAGCUGAACCCGGCUGUCACUUCGUUCUUGUGUGAGAAACAUGAUGUGGGUGAUAAGGGUACCAAUGGGCCUGGUGAGGAAUUUCCCGGUGACGGAGGCGUGGGCAUCGUUGUGUGUGACUGGGUUGGGAAAGACGGAGACUGGGAUUUGGUUAGAACGAUUGUGAGUAUGAACAGUCGGCUUUUGUUGAGGCAGAGGGGAAGAGGGUGGAGAUAG